AUGGCUGACCUGGUGCUGGUAAGCGUGCCACGCGCCCACCUAGCUGAGGAGUACUUUGGCACCUUCACUCGCGCUUUGCUCUCGCUCUUCGAGAUGACACUAGCUAACUGGCCCCCGGUCUGCCGUCUUUUGAUGGAAGAAGUCACAGAAUGGUGGAUGAUCUUCUGCUUGUUCCACAAGUUGACCAUGGGCUUUGCAGUGGUCGGAGUCAUAAAUGGAGUUCUCAUGCAGGAAACCUUCAAGGUGGCUCACAUGGACGACACGGUCAUGGUCCGUGAGAAGCAGCGAGCUAUGCGCACGCACGUUACGAAGAUGUCCGCCCUCUUCCAUGAUGCAGACACUUCUGGAGAUGGCCGGCUGGAUAUUGAAGAGUUCAAGCAUAUCUUGCAGCACUACGAGGUCAAGAUAUGGUUGGCAGCAAUGGAUUUGGAUGUCAGCGACAUUGAGGAGAGUGUUUGGCCAUCUUGGGAUCGUGGGUAUCUGUUCUUGAGUGCGGAUGCCUCAGGGCCUGCGGUCCGCAUCACGCAACUAGAGUUGCUAAAUGUUUGGGUUUCUCAGUUUGAGACAGCCUGGGUUCGAGAACACAAUCUCAGCAGCAAAAUCCAAGCCCAGAAGUCCUGGACCCCUCGUUCAAUUGGCAUAAGGUUGAGCUUGAAGAGGUUCGUAAGGCAGCCCUGCAAGCCAGGAAUAUCUCUCACGUAUGCUCAAGCAAUUCCAUAUUACUUCACGGUGCUUGACCUCUUGGGCAGAGUGAAUGAUAAAUAG